GGCUUUGCCUACUCCUGGGGGCCCCUGACCUGGCUGGUGCCCUCAGAGAUCCAGACCCUGGAGACGCGCUCCGCAGGCUUCUCCCUCUCGGUAUCAAUGAACUUUCUGUUCAGCUUUGUGCUGGGCCAGUGCUUCCUCACCAUGCUGUGCUCCAUGGAGUAUGGCGUCUUCCUUUUCUUCGCUGCCAUGGUGAGCCUCUGCCGCCGCCUCUACUUUGGCCUGCCAGCUGUGGACAUGUGCCCAACACGCGCGCUUCUCUCUGCCGCCGCUGGGCCGUGGACGAGCAUAUGGCGGCAUCGCUGA